GUUUUUAAGUGAUAGAUGAAAGUUUAUAUUUUAAUCUAAACGGUAACCCUAAAAUUGUCGGUUCAAUUGGCAAAUAACUUACCUUGAAUUUGUUUUUAAUCAAAUGCACCGUCUGACUCUGUGUCACCCCCAUCUAGUUGGUACAACCCGGGACUAAGCGGGAAAUCGUAGGACGUGACGUCACUCGGGAGCAGUGGUUAAACAUGGCGACGAGCAGGAGGGAGUAGCUCUUUAAAUGAAAGACUUUUCUUGAUCACCUUUAGCAUUAGCGGUCAGACUUUUCCUCCGCAGGUUCCAUUUUGUAAAAGCAGCAGGAUGCCCGGGAGAAACGGUGACCAGUUCAAAGCCGGAGACCUGGUGUUUGCCAAGAUGAAGGGCUUUCCGCAUUGGCCUGCCAGGGUCUGUAAGGCAGACGACGGCUAUAAGAAGAGAGUGCCAGUGUAUUUCUUUGGGACCCAUCAGAUAGGAAACAUCCCACCACAGAACAUUGUUCCUUAUUCGGGCAAUAAGAUGAAGUAUGGCAGUGGCGUUCGCAUCCGAGGCUUCAUGGAGGGCAUGUGGGAGAUCCAGAACACACCUGGGAUCGGGACUAAGCUCAAGGUUCCUGGAAAGAACAAUGAUGCAAAACCCUCCAAACCGUCUGCAGCUGCAAAAGCUGCACCUGCAAAGAAAUCUGGAACAUUUAGGGGUGCAUCUGCAAAAACAUCUGCAGGAGUCAAGACUGCACCUGCCAAAGCACCUGCAGCUACUAAAGCUGCACCUGCAAAAAAAUCUUUAAGAUCCAAGACUGCAGCUGCGAAAACAUCUGCAUCAUCUGACACUGCACCUUCAGAAACACCUGCAUCAUCAGAAGCUGCACCUGCAGAAACAUCUGCAGCUACUAAAGUUGCACCUGCAAAAAAAUCUUUAAGAUCCAAGGCUGCAGCUGCAAAAACAUAUGCAUCAUCCAACGCUGCACCUUCAGAAACACCUGCAUCAUCAGAAGCUGAGCCUGCAGAAACACCUGCAUCAUCAGAAGCUGCACCUGCAGAAACAUCUGCAUCAUCAGAAGCUGCACCUGCAGAAACACCUGCAUCAUCCAAGACUGUGCCGGCAAAAGGAUCUGCAGCUACUAAAGUUGCACCUGCAAACAAAUCUUUAAGAUCCAAGACUGCAGCUGUGAAAACAUCUGUAGCAUCUGACAUUGAACCUGCAAAAACAUCUGUAGCAUCCGAGGCUGCACCCGCAGAAAUAUCUGCAUCAUCAGAAGCUGCACCUGCGAAAAAAUCUAUAAGAUCCAAGACUGCAGCUGCGAAAACAUCUGUAGCAUCCGAGGCUGCACCUGCGAAAACAUCUGCAUCAUCAGAAGCUGCACCUGCGAAAAAAUCUAUAAGAUCCAAGACUGCAGCUGCGAAAACAUCUGUAUCACCCGACACUGCACCUGCAGACACAUCUGCAUCAUCCAAGGCUGCACCUGCGAAAACAUCUUUAGAAUCCGAGGCUUCACCUACGUCUCCAAAGCCAUCAGAAGAGUCUGAGUGUGCACCUGCUGUAGCUCAAACUACAACAGCCAACACACUAUCUGCAUCUGUUGAUGAAAAGCUGAAAUCAAAGCCUGACAGCAGAACAUCGUCUGGUAGAAGUACUCCCAACAAAGCAACUCAAGAGCUUCAAAGCCUUGUUCGGACUGCUACGAGAACUUCAUCUAGAUUAACGGCCGAUAAGGCAAGCGACUCCAAACUUCCAGAAUCUUCAGCAACAACAAAAGGUUCAAGAGCGCUGACCAGAGCAGCGUCUACAGAAGAGAGUGGAAGUGAAAGACAAGAGUCUGCAAAAGAGACUAGAGCGAGUAGAUCAUCAGAACAUAAAACUGACACCACAGUCACAGCUGAAAAAGAAGCCAAAAACAGAAGACAAACCAAAGGAGAGACUCCUGCGGCUGACGGGGAGGAGGCAGCUCCUGCAGCUAAGAGGAGCAGAGCAGCGCCCUCAGAGACUGGUGAGGAACAGGAAGUGAAGAGGAGCACACCUGCUCCUGCUGUGAAGAAAAGGAAGGGCGGAGAGGAAAAGGGAGAAACGCAAGAGAAGCAGAAAGAAGAGAAGAAACAUCAGGAUGAAGGAAAAGAAGAGAAGACACUAGAGGAAAAGACACUAGAGAGGAGGGGAUCGAAAAGAAAGAAAGAAGAGGAGACUGCUGAGGAGGAGAAGGAGGGAGUGAAAACGAGAAGAGCUGAGACAAAUGAACAGAAGCAGGAGGCGAAGAGGAAAGACGGCAGAGGAGGAGAGAAAGCAGAGAGGGCGAGGAGAGAGAAGAACAGUGAGGUGGAAGGCAAAGGUAAGACUAGAGGGAAGGAGGAGCAGCCAAAAACAGAGAAGGAGGGAGAAAGGAGGAGGGAGCUGAGGAGCAACAAGAGCCAGGAAGAGACGGAGGUGAAGCAGGGUGACGGCGUGGAUGAGAAGACAGAAGAGGAGGAAGAGAAGCGUGACAAACGAGAGAAGCAGACAACCUCAAAGGAGAAGGAGGACGAGCCACACCGCUCCAUCGCCGACAGGAGGGAGAGCCUGAUAAAGUCGCUGAGAGGUCUGCUGAAGAACGGGAAGGAGGUGAAGAGGAGGAGGGAGGCGUCGAAGAGCAGCCAGAAAACCGACUGGAAGAAGAUGAGGGAACGCUCUAAGGAAGGAGGGAAGACGAAGAAAAGGGAGGAGAAGACCAGCGAGAAGGACAGACAAAGGAAAGAGGAGAAGGAGAAACCAACAGCAGAUUUGAGAAAGAAAGAGGAGAAAAGAGGAAACCGCUGGAGAGAGGAGGAGAAAGAGUCCGCUCUGAAGACUGAACGGAGAAGAGAAGUGAAAGAUGAGAAAGAGGAGAAGCCAAAGCAAAACCGGGAGAGGAAGGAGAGUCGAAACGGAGAAACGGAGGAGAAAACCUCCAGCAGGAAGACGACGGAGAAGAAGAAAGAUGAAGAGAAGACGGAGAAAGGAAAACCAGCAGAGACGGAACAGAAAGAGAAAACUUCUUCCACAAAAUCAGCAGAAAACAGGAAAGACAAGAAUAAAGCAGACGAAGGUCAGAUGGAGCAACGAGGAGCCAAGCAGGAGUUGGAGGUCCAGGAGAAAACCGACAGACCGAAGGAGAAGAGAGACGACGAGAGGAGCGGGGAGGCUGUGCAGCAGAAAGAAGAGGAGAAGAAGGAUGAGAAGAAGAUCAUUGGAAAGAUCGUGAAGGCCUCCCAGGGCACAAAGAUCCAGGUGAAGACCAUGAUGGGGGGGUCACCGCCUGUAGUGGAGGAGGACAAGAAGAAGAAGGAGGAACACGGGGACAAAAACCCAGACGAGACCAGACAGAUUUCAUCUGAGCUAAUGGAGAAGAAGGAAGAAGUGAAAGAGAAGAAAAGCUCUGUUGCUGAGAGGAAAUCUGAAAGACUGAGCACUGACCAAAAAGAAGAAGAUGUGAGGAAGGAGGAGCCACCCAGGAAGAGAGGAGGAGCUGAGGUGAAACAAGAGCUGAAGAAAGAGGAGGUGGAAGAGAAGAGGACACGGGAGCACAAGAGGAGAGACGAGGGAAGCAGUGAAUCUGAGGGGAAGAGUGACGGCCCAUCCGAAGAAACGAAGGAGAAACGCACCGACCGGUCCGCCAGAACAGAGAGCCAAGGAGGACAGGCGGAGAGGAGGAGUCUGGACGGGACCGGGGAGGCGGAGCCCAAGAGCCGCGGCGUGACGCUGACCGACUCAACUCUGCACAGGAUCCACGGAGACAUCUGGAUCUCCCUGAAGAAUGACAGUCCUGACAUCAGCAAGUGCCUGGCGGCGCUGGACCAGCUCAGCAUGCUGUACGUGACGUCGCAGCACGUUCAGAGACACAGCGAGCUGGUGGCCACGCUCAGAAAGAUGCGAUACUAUCGGGCCAACCAGGCCAUCAUGGACAAAGCCUCUAUGCUGUACAACCGCUUCAAGAACGCCUACCUGGUGGGGGAAGGAGAGGAGGUGGUGAGUGCUACCUUUCUGCGGUCGCUGCUGGAGGAGAAGGAGCAGGAGGAGGCGCAGCGGGUGGAGCGCUGGAGAGAGAAACUGCAGGAGGAGGGCAACAGAUCCCAAGGUUCCAGUGAAGCCGUGUCUUCGUCCCUCUGUGACUCUGUGAAGGUCUGACAUCGUGGAUCGUGUCCUCAUGAACACCCCGCAUCACGUUGGCAUUAACGUUUUUCCGUCACGAAGCUGCAGAUGCAGGUCUGGACUCUGCUGGGCUGAAGCUCCGCCCUGCUUUUCACAGAGAAACGUGUCUGAAGCCGUCACGCAGGCAUUAACAUGCUGUUGCAUCACUUGAACUUUAUUUUGAAAGCUGGUUCUCUGAACGUGGUAACCUGAUUGAAAGCAUUAAACCCUUGAGGAUUUGGUUCAGGCCUGCAGAAAGGCGCCGGACGAGCUGCUGUGUUCCUGUAAAGUCUGUAUAGAAAUGUUUUAUGGUGUCACGCUGGGAUUUGAUUGGUUUAGAUGUUUUUAUUCUGUGUAGGACUGUUUCCGAUCUGUUCUGUAAAAACUCCUUUUACUUUGAAACACAGGUUUUUUUAUGAAACCAAACUGUUGUUUGUUGGUUUGUUUGUUUUAUGCAGUAAAGGUUUGAUCCUGAAAAACUCCCUG